UCAGCUGAGAAAGGGGAUGGUUGUUGCAACCACACCUGUCCCACAGGAAUAUAAUGGAGUUCUUUAGCUCAUUAUAGUGGUGGUUGGUGCUUGCUGUCUGCUAGAGCUUGUUUGUAGUACAGUCUGCAAGUUUGCUGCUUCCCUAGAGCGGUGUUGCUUGGGCAGUUGGAUGUUAGCUGUGGCAGUUCUGGUGGAGAUGCCCUUAAUAUGUGGGUGAAUCCUUAUUACAGAGGUUUGUGGAAGAGUCUGCUGAGUUUCAAGCUGUUUUGAAAUACUGUGAUCACUCUGUGCCCACUUAAGCUGCCUCUGCUAUUGCUCUGCAGAGUUACUGGUACCAUGACAAGGAUGGACCAGGGGUGCUUUCACUGUGAUGUUGUGUAUUGCUCUGUUGCAUGGUUAAUAUUCAGGCUUGCCGGCUGCUUACAUGAUUUCCAGCUUGGGGGUUGUGCCAACAGUUGCACAGCAGGAAUGAGUUUCUUAUGAGCCUCUUCAUCUGCCCCUGAAAACCCAAAGGAGACGCUCUCAGGCCUGAUGCUUCCAGAGGAGAUGAGCUGGCUGUCUUGACUCUCAGCUGUGUACCAAAAAGGGAGGGCAAUAUGUACAGCCUGCCAAAGCAGCCCUUGGUAAGAAGGCGACUGGGCUGCACAACAUCAGCGCACACGUGGUCGGUGGGGAAGCGCGAGUACAGCUUCAAUCCUUGUCAAUGGCACCUCGUUGACUUUUAACACUUCUUUAUCAUGUCUGCACUCACCUCGUAGCAGCACUGAUAAAAUGCCAUCGCUGGUGUAAUCUCCUGAGCAGCUCUGCAGAAAGCGCUGCAGAGCAUGAGAGCCUGAAUCGCUGGCAGCCGGCAACUGGUGUGGGACUCCAAUCCAGACCACGGUAAUAAAGCAAGGGCUCUAACCUGAAACAAGUCUGAGGCAGAAUAACUUCCAAGAUGUAUCGAACACCAGAGGUGCUGAUCUACUGAAACACUUGAGCAGCCUGCAGUGUACUAGCCUCCCCUCUGGCAUGUGGCCUGACACAGAAAUGGACAAACUGCCUGGAUGACAUGGGAAACCAAAGUGUUACUCUCAACUAAAACAUUAUCUUUUAGGAGGUAGUGCUCCACUAACCAGUGGUCCCAUAUUCCAGUGUUGCUGAGUUGUGUGUCACAGACCUAAGUCAUUGCUCCAAUUACCGGGAUACCAAUUCACAAAUAUUUGUUAAUUAGGAAAUCAGAAUUCAAAGGCACAAGCAUCAGAGCAGACAGUAAGAAAUGGGUGACUGGAGUUUCUUGGGGAACAUUUUAGAGCAGGUGAACGAGCAGUCCACUGUCAUCGGGAGAGUUUGGCUCACAGUGCUCUUCAUUUUCCGCAUCCUGAUCCUGGGAACAGCUGCUGAACUAGUAUGGGGAGAUGAACAGUCAGACUUUGUGUGCAACACCCAGCAACCUGGUUGUGAGAACGUCUGCUAUGAUGAGGCCUUCCCCAUCUCCCACAUCCGGCUCUGGGUCCUACAGAUCAUUUUUGUAUCCACGCCUUCACUAGUGUACUUUGGGCAUGCGGUGCACCACGUCCGCAUGGAGGAGAAGAGAAAAGAGAGGGAGGAAGCUGAGAGGCGUCAGCAAGCCGAGGUGGAUGAAGAGAAGCUGCCCCUAGCUCCAAAUCAAAACAAGGGCAACAACCCAGAUGGGACCAAGAAGUUUCGCCUGGAGGGGACUCUCCUGAGAACAUACAUCUUCCACAUCAUUUUCAAAACUCUCUUUGAAGUGGGAUUCAUAGUUGGCCAGUAUUUCCUGUAUGGCUUCCGCAUUCUCCCCCUUUACCGCUGUGGGCGGUGGCCCUGUCCCAAUCUAGUGGACUGUUUUGUCUCCAGGCCUACAGAGAAGACUAUCUUUAUUAUGUUCAUGCUCGUGGUGGCUUCUGUGUCCCUCUUCCUCAACCUGGUGGAGAUCAGUCACUUGAUCCUGAAAAGGAUCCGGAGGGCUCUGAGAAGACCAGCAGAAGAGCAAAUGAGGGAGGUGCCAGAGAAGCCCCUGCAUGCUAUUGCAGUGUCCUCCAUCCCGAAGGCCAAAGGCUACAAGCUGCUAGAAGAAGAAAAGCCAGUGUCCCACUAUUUCCCUCUCACGGAAGUAGGGGUUGAGCCCAGUCCCCUUCCAUCGGCCUUCAAUGAGUUUGAGGAGAAGAUCGGAAUGGGGCCAUUGGAAGAUCUCUCCAGGGCAUUCGACGAGAGGUUGCCAUCGUAUGCACAAGCAAAGGAACCGGAAGAGGAGAAGGUAAGAGCAGAGGAGGAAGAGGAACAAGAGGAGCAGCCAGCACCUCAGGAAGAACCAGGGGUGAAGAAAGCAGAGGAGGUGGUGAGCGACGAAGUGGAAGGGCCUUCAGCACCUGCUGAACUUGCCUCUGAUGUGAGAUCCCUCAGCAGGCUAAGCAAAGCCAGCAGCCGGGCCAGGUCAGACGAUUUGACUGUAUGAGGAUGCAGGAUAUGAGGAGCAUAAGAAAAGAAGAAAAAGAAAAGGAGAGAGAAAGAAGCAGAAGAAUUUUAAGCAAAGUGCUAAAAUGAUCAUUUAAAUAUUAUUUCAUCUUGAGAUUCUCAACUGGAAAGGUACUAUUGUGGUAACUGUGCCUUAUUUGCCCUAUAUGUCCAUUUGAAAAGGAACAUUUUCCGUUUCCACAUGCCAGCUCAUCUCUUACAGUAAUAUCUACAUUGUCCACAUAACUGAUGUGUUUUAAAACCUAAUGUGGCAGUGAAACCCAGAUGUCACCAUUGUGAAUGUACUUACUGGAAGCUUCGUGUUCCACAUUUCCUUAGGAAUGUGGGGAGGAUCUGUCUCAUGAGCCAUCUAAGGGGGAGGCUAAUAAACAACCGUACCUACUAUUUCUUUUUCUGUUUUCACCUGUGGCAUGCUGAGCAGAUCUCCCCUUCGCUGUUGGCAUGGAUUUGCGAUUAUUUAAUUCACAAAGUGAAUUCUGUGUUUGGCAUUGACACCAAAACAGUAAGCACUAUUUUCCCUCUUUAUUGAGAAAGCAAAGACCAGAAAUAUCUAUGAUUUCUCUGUGAAUGUAAAUUUGAGUUAGGUAAAAAUAUUUUAUUUUCCCUUUGUCAAAAAUAUUUUUGCUCUUUUAGUGACAUUGACAGUGGGCAAGGUUAACUCUAGCUGUCUUCUAGGACUUAGCAGAUGCUCACAGAUGGAUUAUUUGUUCCCAAGAGAGUUAUCCAGCUCCAAGCUGAGCAUUUCAGAGCACUGGAAAGAAAAAAAUCAAGUUAUAUUUUUACUUAUAAUCCAGUGAUGUAAAGAUCUGAAACUCAAUUUAGCGAAGCAAGUGUGGAAGGGUUUCUGUGAAAGAAAGAACAGCUACAGUUCCCAGAGCAUGAAAGCAAAUACAAGCCUUCACAGCAUGAUCCUGACAUGUGCUCAGUUCCUGGAGCCCCAAGACUUACAGGCACUCAGCAAAUCUCAGGUACAGCACCCUGAAGGCACCUGUGAAUCUAAACCACAGGUAACUAUGUGACUCUGAAACAAAACUGGUUGUUCAAGUUUGAAAAGUCUGAAAUGAUAAUUCUGACGUUUUGUUUUUAAUUUGACAGACGGGAGCCAUCCAGUGGCCUACUUUGCUAUUAAAUGCCAAAGUCUCAAAUAAAACAAGGCCUUUCAAGAGAUCUUUUAGAGUAGGAGAGAAAGGUAUCAUCAUAGCCUUUAUCUUUUAGAUCUUUUGUGCCAACAGGUCUGUGCAGAACUCUCAUAGCCUCAGUAAAUCUUUUUAGUUACAAAAGGAAGAAAAAGAUGUGCUUGUUAAAAUGUCUGUGGAUUUCUACCUUCAGGACUGCAGCAGAGCCUUUGGGCUGGGACAGUGCAGCUAUGCAUUUAAAGCUUCGGGUUAACUGCUAUGUCCCCUCUAAAACUGAGCCUCGUGUCAGAAAAGUGCAGGUAUGCACUCUCAUCUGCUCUGCUCUGCAAACCUCAGACUCCGCCAGCUCAGCGAAUUCUUUCUGCUGGGCUGCAGCCCGUUCCAUUGUUCCCAGGGCAGGCUUUAAUCCAGAUCAGGAAAAAAAGCAGUCUUUGGCAUAAUGCAUAUAACUCAUCCUGCCAUUAGUUAGAAAAGACCCCCUGCCAUCUUCCAUUGUAGCAGGGCUGACCCAAAGCCCAUUGAAGUUAGCUGGGUGUCUGAGAUAGAUGUCCUAGGCUUGGGCUCAUACCCUCAGUCCUGUCGUCCCACACCCCAGCCCAGGCAACCACAGGUACACUCAGCUCUGUCACUGAUUAACCUGCUUGGUGGACUUCAUGUGCCUUGUUUUGCAGCCUUCGUGGUCUGGCACAAAGUUGGCUGGACUUCACUGAUGCGUGAAGUAAGCUGUACAUAUGUAUAAAGUUUGUAGGGUGUGUUGGGAUUCUUCAGCACCACAGCGGUGCCACGUGUUUGUUUUUUUUUACACUAUUAAUCCUUUUGCUCCUCUUGGGCCUGUGUAUUUUCCCAUGGUUUGCAGCCUGUUGACAUAAUCUUUGCUCCCUUGACAAAGGCUGUUAGUUUUUUUUAAGGAACAAUUCCUUGUGAAGGAAGACUGGAAGGUACCUCCUCAGUUCUGAGAAAGAAUACGAGAAAGCAAGAUAUGUGAAGGAAAAUGUGGAGGGAGAAUUUGGAGGCUACCAUCUAUCCAUUCUCUCAGUACAGAAACAGGAGAAGAGUUAGCACCAACGAAAGGCUGGUGGAAAAAGAUAAACGAGGAAAGAAGUCUUCAACUGGAAAAGAUUCCAUUGUGCCCAAUACGCUACUAGAAUCCAAGAAAGAGCAAAGAUUUAGAUGAAUAACAAAGCCAGCACAUUUAUAUUAUAUGGGAUGUAUUACUUUUUUCCUUCACAGAGAAGAUAUAAUGGAGUUUUAAUAGUUUGAAACAUAGCAGAGUUCACUUGAACUGGAAAAACCCUUCCCUGCAGGUGAAAAAAAAGAAUCUGUAUCUGUUCAGUGUGAGGUAUCUUCCACCUUAUUGAGAGCAUCUGACCCUUCCACAUACCAGUGUACUGGACUAAAUGAACCACCUCCCAUCCUCGUUUACUACUAAUUACUUGACAAGUCCUUUUACAAAGCAUUUUGAUGACCAUCCCCAUUCCUGACCUCUGACAUGCACACCUUCUUUAGAUCACUGGACUACUUAAAGAUGACUACUCAUUAAUUAGAGGUAUGUGGUUCAUAAUAUGGAUGUCAGACAAUCCAGUCUUCAACUGUAAGAUGUUGAGUACGUCGUUCUUUUUCACUGGAGUGCCUCCGGAGAGUACAGUACAUGCAACACCCUGAACAGACACUCUGCUGUUCUUUCACUGCUGCUGCAGGAAAGCUCAUUUCUUCCUCCAAGUCGUGACAGUGCAAUGAAUGAAGUUAAUGUUUUCCUCCUGCAUCCUGUCAAGCGCUAGUUGAUUUUUUUUCGAGCCGGUUUUCAAGUACCCUGCCAAGCUGCUAAAGCCUCCGAGUAUGAGCCAGGGCAUCAAAGCAGCGCUGUUCAGCUAACUGGGCAGGGAACUAACAGUCGGGUUCUAUGGUAUUCAGCCUCAUCUCUGCAGUAAAGUCACUGCUGGGACUGUCAGCAAGUCAUUCUUCCCUCUUGUACAAUUGGGAAUCAUUUUCUACCUCACGAAGACAAUGUGAGGCUCAAUAUAUUUUGUUAGUAAUAGGAUGGGAGGUACUGGGAAGGAAAGCCCUACAGAUGAGCAAAGGAUUAUUUCUGGAUGCAAUAGCCUUUAAAUGUGUUUUAUUCCCCCCUCAAUGAGACAAAUUUAAUCUCUUUUCAGGAAAUUCCUAGUGAAGUUGAAUAACAGCCUCAGAGCUGUGGAUUCGGUGUAUUAAAAAAAAAAAAAAAAAAAGUAAAACAUAUACAUUAAUAAAUGUAAAGAACAAGCAAAGUUAUCUUGGGAAGUGAACACUGGACAAUUAGAGUCAUGCUUGGAUCAUUUAGGGGUGUGCGGUAUUCCCUUGGCUCCCUGUGCAAAUAAAUCAUUAACUGAUCACAUGGCUCUCUGCAAGGAGCUUAGGAUGCAAGUGUCAAAUUCACCAAAAGAGGUUAAAAUAGAAGAGGAAGGUAGUAUCUUAGCUGAUAUUAGCAUGUGGGAGUUGGUGUUCUCUAGUGUCUAGAGCAGUGGACCUAGGAUAAUGAUCUUAGAUUUAUUUCCAGCUCUGCUACUGACUUGCUGUGAUAAUCACUUUACCUCUCGGUACCUGUUUUUUCCACCUGUAAAAUGGGUGUAAGAAUUUCCACCUACCUCACAGGGAUGUUGUGAGGCUUCCUUAAUUCUGUUUGUAAAGUAAGUAGGAAUGAUCUGAUGAAAAGCACUGCUGAAAUGCAUUGUAUCCUUGUUAUUUCCUGCCAGAACAUCGAACUUGGUUAACAUGUGACUCUUUGACCAAAAGGGCAGUAGUGUGAAAAUCUGAACACUGCAUUGCACUGACACCAUUAACACAGAUGUGGGUUUGCCACAAAUGGAGGAGACUUUAUUGACUCCUCACCCCUUUCUCCCAUCUUAACAUUGGUUUGGCCAUUUGAAGCUGUGGUCACAGUGGGGUUACGUGGACCACUCUUGUCCAUCCCAGCAUCUGUUCUGUGGUAACAUUUAUGCUUAAAUAAGCAAGUUCUUGGAGGGAGGUGCAGGUUGUUGGAGCUCUUUUAAAGGUGGAGCAAUUGGCUUUGCAAGUCAUCUGGGGGAGGGCUGUAUAAUGCACAAUAUUGCUGGGCUUCUGUUUUAAAUCCCUCAGUGCAAACUCCAAGUGAAUUUUUCAGAAUUUAUGUGGAAAAAAACCUCUAUAAAAAAGUUGACAAUUGCUUAUGGCACAUACAAAAAAAAAAAACAAAAAACAAAAAACAACCACAAAACAACAAAAACAAAAUAAGAAGUAACCAUGUAGAUGUAAAAACAUAAAUUUUUAUGCUACACUGAUUAUUUCCAGUAAGUGAGACAGAUCUAACAGUCCCUUUGUGAUGAAAAUCAGUGAUGUAUAGAUUCCUUCUAUAUUUGAGGGGACCUCUGCUCUCCAGGUCAGUGUGGCCAUGGAAUCUACUUGCUAAGGGAAGAAAGUUCAGCUUCUCCUGCUACUCAGUAACUCACUGACUCUGCAUUUUUUCAUUUAAACAGCAGCCCUGGUACUCGAUGAAAAAAAGUGGCAGCUUGCUGUUUUGUAUAGAAAAUGGCUUUUCAAGUUGACAACUGAAAGUAAUCCCAGCCUAGGCAUACUUUUGUUUAGUAGACAAGAGCAUCCAUGAGAACUAGACUAAAGCUUUCCUAUAAGCCUAAAGCUGUUGUGAUAAAAUGGCAUAUGGUGCCAGAUUGCCUGAGGGCCAGGGCGGGAGAAACAUCAAAAUCAGUGCAGUUGUCCAACUACUGGAAUUUCAUUUUUUUCCCCAAAAAGAAUGGUACUACCAUUUCUUAGUCUCUGUAUGCGAUAGACUUUUAAACAUGGCUCAGGGAAGGAAUUUUGGCAACACCACUGCUGAUUAUAUAGCUGAGUAGCAACCAUGACAAAUAAAUGCAUAUUAAUUUGCCAAGACAUAGCUUGGCACACAGUUCUUUCCUUGUGACUAGCCUGGAAUACAAGUAUUUCAAUAGAAGAGGCAAGACUUGUGUCCCUGUCAACAAUUCAAAUUUUCCCAAGAGAAGUUUGGUGUACAGACAUCUUGAAGCCUAGAGAGGAGAGAGCUAAGGCGACAGGGAGCCCUCACAGCUGUCUUCAACUAAGUGGUGGGGAGUUAUAGGGAAGAUGGAGCCAGACUAUCUACAGAGGUGCACAGCAAAAGACCAGAGGCAACGAUCACAAUGAGCAGUAGGGAAAAUUUUGACUAAAAAAUUCUGACAAGGUAAAAAAUUGUUCAGAGAGAGAUUGAGCAGUGAAAGAAGUGCCCAGAGUCAUGGUAGGCGCUCCAUCCUUGGAGUCUGAAGCCUGACUGGGAAAAGCUUUGAGCACCUUGGCCUGACUUUGAAACUGUUCUUGCACUGAGCGUGAGGUUAGAGCAGCUGGUUCUUUUCAGCCUCAACUGUGUAUCCCAUGGGAGGCUGAAAGCAAAGUGAAGCCACUGUGAGGUGAAACAGCUGAUGUGGGGCAUUUCCUGCCUCUGUGGGGUGCUCUGUUAGAGCUUACUUAGAUUGUCUUAGCUGGCAACACCAACUUAACAGGCACUAAAGUGAGCCUGAUGCAUAAAACACUAUCAACCAAUGUCUCGUAGAUAGAAAAGCUGCUUGGGGCCAGGAACGUGUUGUGUAACUGGUUUGGAAAGAACACUAUAAAUUAAAAUUUAUGAGUAAGCUUGUCAGCUGAGAAAAUCACAGAAAUAAAAGGGGUUUGGGUAUUUCCAGCUCCCUCAGUCUCAGCUGUGACUUUAAAUCCAUCUGAAAAUGUAGAGGACUGCAUUUUAAAGUUCUGUCAACAACAACAAAAAGCCCCAAACAACUGCGCUUUAAAGCUUGCUGAUCUGGGAUGAAGCAGAAUUGAAUAGAAAUGGUGAUUACAGAGCUAUUGACAACAUUUCAAAAAAACAAAAACAAACCCCCCCCAAAACGCACAAAGGCUGUUGGCCUUUGCCUUGCUGGAUCCAGCCUAGCACAGUAAAAGCAAAACAAACCAUUUAUUAUUUUUUUUUCUAAGAGUUAAGGCUAGAGUGCUUAGAGAAAUCAUGGAGUAGCCUACCAAAAAAUUUAUAUGUCAGUGCAGAAAGAAUUUAUAGAGAAACAUUAAACAGAAAAGUUGGCUCCUAUUGAAUUUCUCUGAUGUUCAGUGGAGAGCUGGAUGGAAAGAUGACCAGAAUAAUGAAAUACAGUUUCAUUGGUUUCAACAAUCAACAAAUGAGCAUAGAAAAAAAUAAUUCUGGCCUACAGGCAGUUACUGAGUAGAGUUCCUGCAGGACGGCAGCUUGGUGCUCCAACUAAGGGGCAGCUGCAGACAAAGGCCAACACUGAGAAGCCUGUGAGCCUGUAAUCUGGAUGCCUCAUGGCAAGGGUAAGGCAAGCCAGUGUGACCAGCAAAUUAAACCUUGCCUAUUACCAAAUCUGAUAUUGAUGGAUUUUUAAGAAGAUCAUCAAUUUUAAAGUAAUUUAGCUUUUAUGCACUGGAUUCUGGAUUUAUCUGACAGAACCAAAACCCAGAGAUAUUGUGUAUUAAGUUUUUUUUUUUUUUUUUUUUUUCAUUUUCAAAUUAUUCAACCGUGAUGUAUCAAAAACUACUGGGACAAAAAUGCUCAGGCACAUUUCUCAAUACAUACAUGUUAGUCCAAAGACAAGCCAUAAGGCAACCCUGCAAAAGAGUAAAUUUCUGUCAGUGAGAAUCAAGACCCAGAACUCACCACACAUAAAUUAAAAAUAAAUUCAGAAAUCAGAAUGAUGUCAGAUUGCUCCCAAGCUUCAGAGCUCCUGCUUAUGAAAAACUCUGGAGAGAAAAGAAAUGAAAAUGGAUGGCCAGCUACCAGCUAAGCCUAUUAUUCAUAAAUAUGCCCUGUAGCACCUUUUGGAAGCCUAUGCUAUCUCUGUAUAUUCCACCACAACAAACUGCUUUAAAUCAGUAUGUUCCACCUUUCCACUUUACUAUGAAGGCUUUAAUCUAGUUCUCACUAUGAACUGAACAUACAGUACCCACAUUCACACUUUAAGAUGUGCAAGAAUAGAAGAUGGAGCUAAGCAGAAACCUGCAAUGCACUGACCAGCCUCCUUUCCUCGUGUGCUGCCUCCCUGCUCCAGCCACUAUCAUCUACACUGUGUCUGGUGAAACCACCCACCUGUCACAUCUGGGAAGCUGCCAUGGGCCCUUCUCCUCAGACAUGCUCACCAGUGUCUGCUUAAGGAGGAACAAUAUGGAAUAUUUUUCCAUUUUAUAAUUACACUUUUUGUUUUCCCUGAAUGAGAAGCCUGGUGGGGAUGGAGGGGUUGAUCUGAGGUUUUCUGACAGGAAUCAUCUUCUUCCCUUCUUACAAGAAUCAGGGAUCAAUAAUUUAUAGCUUAGCACAGGCAUGUUUCAAGUCUAUUUGUAAACACAUGCAGUGAAGAAAGUUUAAAAAGCUAUGACCAAACUCUGUCUUGUUGUUUUUCUUUUCCCCUUGUUUUUGAAAUCAGCCAAGUUGUCAGGGUUAAACAAGACCAGAAUUUGGCUUCGAACAAUUCAAUCGUGACAGGAUUCCUAUCUACUGUCUCUGAAAAUUAACCAGUCAACCAACCUACCUUGCCCCAAGAGCUACUGCUGCAGAACAGAGCAACCACAGGUACCCCAAACUCAGCAGGCUCAUCACUUUAGGAAAGAUCAGUUUCUAGCAGUAGGCACAGAAAGAAUGAGCAGGGAGGGAAGCUCUGAUCUCAGCUCGAUGUUAAUUGGCAGCAAUACCAGAAGCUGUAAAAGAGGGCCUCAGAUCAGAAACUGUAAAUUGCUCCCUCAGUUCAUUUGCCCAUGAAAAUUGAAUGUUUUGUUGUCUUUGCAAUGCUGUAGACAAGGAGACAGAUUUCAAAACAUGAUGACUGACAGCAAGAUAGAAAGCCAAACUAUCAAAGAGACUGUGGGACUAAUCCGAUGACUCAACACAACCACACAUGGAAUCGUUUUUCUAGUGA